UGCUGCCGCCCCCGGAGCUGUGCGUGGACGCGAGCUUCCUCCUGGACGCGAUGCUGGCCGAGGUGCCGGACGCGGGAAUGAAUCUCCGGCGCGUGCACCUGUCCUACUCGCGGCGCCACGACGUGCUGUGUCCGCGGGCCGCCGCGAGCCUCCAGCACAACCAGUCCUUCUCCCUGCGGAUAGACGCCGUGCAGGACAACACCUUCACCGGGCAGCAGGCGUCGGUGCACCCAGUGGACGUGGUCGUGCUGCUUCUGGGCUCAACCGGAAAGGACCUGGUCGCCGAGGUGUGGUGGCAGGUCAACAAGGUCCUGCCGCACUUUGACCGCUCCACGCCCCUGCUAGCUGUCGUGGUGGCGGGACGCUUCUCUGAUGCGGUGAUCGUGCGAAACGAGCUCAGAGUGCGCCAGUGGUGGCGGGUGGCCAUCGCCCUGCAGAGUCACAACGCCGCGGAUGAGGUGGGUGAGGCACCGCCACGCCGCAUAGUCCGUAUCUUCACGUCGCGGCCCUUGUUCGAGCCAGGCGUUCGCUGCGGCGAGAAUUGGAGUCCCCUGGCGCUGCAAGCGCACUGGGGGCCUGGCACCGGCAGCAUGCGGAUCUUCAACAAGACCGCCAACGCCACGCUCUUCACUGGCUUGCCCCGUGCGGACGACCUGAAGGGCUGCACGGUCAAAGUAGCCCCCAUGGAGAACGCGCCCUACGUGAUGAACCCCGACAACGGCCUGAGCGGCGUAGACGUGAGCCUCGUGCAGUACUUCGCGAAGACGAAGAACGUCACCCUGGAGAUGCUGCCUGCGCACCGCCUUGACGAAAUCACCAAUCACAUCAACGCCGGCGAUAAGCGUCAAAACUUGAGCAACGUGGACCCGCUCGACCUGCUGGGGCUGGGUCACGCGGACCUGGUCAUCGGCGGCGUGCUCCCUACGGCGCAGCGCUACUACUCCUUCCAGUUGAGCGGCGUCUACACCUCGGACGCCUUGCGCCUCUACCUGGUGCGCGAGUACCAAGUCCCCCGUUGGCAGUACCCCUUCGCCGUGCUGUCCGCCAAGACCUGGGCCCUCCUGGCCGGCACCAUGCUGUGCGUUGGGGCCAUGCUGACGUGGCUGAACCGGCAGGGCGCGGCCGCCAACGCCAUGCUGCUGUGGGGCGUGUUCCUGGAGGGUCGCUCCUUCCCGCGCUGGAUGUCUCCGCGCACCACGCUGCUCGUCUUCCUCUGGGUCGUCUUCUCGUUGCAUUUCACGGCGGGCUACCGCGCCACCCUCGCCAUGGCCAACUUGGGCACCAUCACGAGGAAGAGCGCAUCCACUAUCGAGGACCUGAAUGGGCGGGUGCGGCGCGUGGGCAUGAUUGACGAGAUGAUGCUGCCCUUCCUGAAGCAGGACGGCCUGCUCGCGCCGCUCCUGGACCGCGUGGUCGUGUGCCGUACCAUGCAGAACUGCUCGCGCCUUCUCCGCCAGUCCCCGGACGACGUGGCGCUCAUCAUGGGCGAGCAGAACAUGUGGUACCUGUCGUCCCGCUUCUUCGCCGACAACCGCGGCCGGUCGAUACUGCAGCCGCUGCGCGGCGCCCUGCUCUCCUACCACGUCACCACCUUGGUGGCGAAGGGCUCCCCCAUCCUGCCCGCCCUCAACGACGCCAUUGCGCACACGCAGGACGGCGGCCUGGUCCCGAGGUGGUUCCGUCUCCUCCAAACCAAUAUCAACCUCUAUAUAGAAUACAGCAUACGACGCGCCAGCAACCCCAACGGCAGUAACGCCCCACAGCUUAACAUGCGCCGCAUCGUGGGCCCCUUCGCGUGCCUGUUCGCGGGGCUGGCGGUGGCCACAGCGGUGUUCCUCGGGGAGCUGCUGUGCUACGGCGGCCAGAAGAUGGUGGGCCUGGACCCCGACGAGCCGGCCGACGACGUGGACUCUCCGCCGAGGGACGUGUCGGUGGACGCGCCCCUCCAGGCCAUCAAGGCCGAGGUGGAGGCGGAGGAGGCGGCCGAGGAGGCGCACGCGUGUGUGCAGGGCGCUCUGGGCCAGGUCACCACCCUGCUCGUCGAGGGCACUGUCAUGCUGGCCGAGGGCGCGGGUCGCUACGAGCGAGUCACCCGCCUGGAGACAGAGGUCAUGGCCGCCUUGACCGCGCCUGGGCCUGACGCAGAGCCUGCCACUGACGGCGUCCACGACGGCGUGCCUGUGGAUCUGCUGGCCUCGGUAGCCACGAUGACCACGACGGGCCCCGUCUCCCUCCCCGAGCAGGAGGUCCAACUCGCUGGGCACCACCUUGUCUCAGUGUAAUCAGGGGGUCCCCUCGGGAGCCCCCCCCCCCCCCCCCCGCAUUGCCCCUAACGGGGCUCUGCAACACCUGAGGCGCCGGACGAGCGGUCUGUGAGUACGCACCCCUCGGCUGCUGCGACGAGGGUACUGUAUGGCGCGGGCAGUAGAUUGGGUGGGUUAAAACCCUGACUGUACCACAAGGUUGACAGUCAACCCAGUCAUCCGGGCGCAGCGGAGUGUGGGUCUUCGGAGCCGCACUCUGCGGACUAAGGGCCCCCUGUGUUGCCCAUCAACCUCACUAAGUAACAGUGAGAGGCUCAUGCUUGACAUGCUGAGCGUCCAACCUUAAACCUUAAACCAAGUUUCUGGUCCGAAUCCGGACUUUUCCAACGCCUUUCGCUUUGUUGCCUUUAUAAUACCUUAGGCUGGGGGUCCAUCGCCAGCAAGCCCCGAGCCGGACAGGCCCGGUGACGACAGGCCGGGCAGCGCUCAGCAUCCCUUCCUUGAACGCACUCCAAAGGCCGACCGAUGAGCAGAAAAGACGAUAUAAACUCGAGCUAGGCGCUGCUACGCACGGCUACGCACGCACUAACCAAAUUUUGCAAGCGGCUAGAAACGCAUCCGUUUGGAAAACGUUCCGCUCGGCCUGCACUGCACAGCGACAAAACAGCCAAAGCUGGCAAAGCGCUUUCCCCAAAGGCCAGAACGGUCUGCACUACGUUUUUAUUUGCACCCUUCCUAGGUUGCAUUUUACUUUGACGGGCAAGUUGGAGCCGUUGGGGCGAGGGAACGUCGCACAGUUGGUACAGUUUCUCUAUCAUUAUUUUGAAAUUUGGCACUAGAACAAUAGAGUCACGUCCCUUCACCAGUGGCAACUGCUUCGCGGAUUGAUUUAUUUUCUUCUCCUGGGAUAAAAAUUGAUUGUAUAC